AAUUCUAGGCACUGAGAUAGACAGAACAAAACAGGUGGCCUCCACUCUCCAUUGUGUCUACAUUCCAAAGUAGAAAGGCAGUAAAGCCAGAUGAAAGUCAGGCUGUGGGGAACAGAGGGUUCCAUGGAAGCUGGAACAGAUGAGAGACUGAAGCGAACCAGCUGAGAAGUGCUGAGAGUGAAAUGUUCACAGCCAUUAAGAGACUGCCCUAUCAAACACAGUUGCUCUGUUCCCUGCAAAGACCUACUCCGUACACCUUGGCACAGGAACCAGCAUGCUGCCUGGUUUUAGUUACAGCCAACGGUGCUCACGUACUGCACAUGUUUUCUUUAUGUAUACAUUAAUAAAAUUUUGCCUGUUAUAAAAAAGGAGACCUCAAAUUUCUCAUCGUGCUUAUAUUGUAUUUCACCUAAGCCCAGAGUUCUAGAGAAACCAAAGGAGUGGACUCUGUGCACGUGAGGUAGUUGGCCAUGGUGUUGGCCAUGGCAUCUCAGGAUGCCCAGAACUUCUUCCAGCCUUUGUCUUCCUGGUUAUCCCGGGUUUAUGAAGCUCUCCAGCAAGCAGGCGAUGCACUGUCUGCAUCUCUGGUUCUUUUAAGCAAACACGAUUCAGCAUUGAGUGACAAGCCAGACCAGGACUUAGAAGAUACUAAGAUUCAGGAAACCUACUAUGAAGAUGAAGAGCAGGGCAAUGAUGGGAAUUCAGAGGAGGCAAACUCCCUAUUUCUUGGAGAGGACCAUUUCUCAUGCUCUAAUAGUGAUUUGCAAGACUCUAGCAGAAUGGCAAGCCCCAGACUUGAUCAACAAGCCAAAGACUCAUGCUCUAUAAUACACCAGUGGCCCAAUCAGAUCCCAGCUGGACCGAAGCCCCCACACAUGCUUUCUUCUAUUGCUGAAGAAGAACGUCACUUUGAGAGGCAGACAUGUGGCCUUCAGCUUGGCUUUGACACCCAGCUCCCUGGCCCUUUAGAAAAAGUUAAUGGAAAAAAGCAAGUUAACAGUUUUGGGGAUGAUGAAGAGCCGUCCACAUCUUCUGAGAGUGAUGAAGACGUAAUCAAGCAGUUUGAGAUCUCUGUGUCCCGAUCCCAGAGUUUUCGUACGGGAACAUUGGAGAAGGGAAAGACAACAGAGUUGGAGCCGAAAACAAAACGCAACCAUUUGCUGUCCAUCCACCAAGAAGAUAGCGCUGAAGUGUCUGCUUGUGAAGAUUUGGAUGGAACCAGCCAACUCAGUUACUCUGAGAUUCUGUCUUAUGAAGAUCAUCCCAUCCCUACUCAUCCACAGUCUCCUUAUAAGAGCAGAGACACCGGCCACCAUGACCCUUGUCAUCAAGAGACUGGUCUGGUCCGAAGCCUCAGUCGUCCUUGUGCAGAUGGCAUCCUGGAGACGGAGACAGCUUUUACUAACCGGGACUUUGAAGAUCCCUAUGCCACUCACAGCUCCUCUAUGUGGAGUUCAGAGGAGCAGGAUGGGACCAAUCUGCAAGUGCCACCCAGGCUUUUGGAGCCUAUCUCAAAGUGCGGUUACCUGGAUGUCAUCUUUGAAUAUAAAGCUAUAACCCAGAAGCUCACCGUGACUAUUGUGAGAGCACAGGGGCUUCCAGAUAAGGACCGAAGUGGUGUCAAUUCUUGGCAAGUUCAUGUAGUGCUGCUGCCCAGCAAGAAACAGAGGGGUAAGACGAACAUCCAGAGAGGGCCCAAUCCUGUCUUCAAGGAGAAGGUCACCUUCUCCAAGCUGGAGCCCAGAGACGUGGCUGCCUGUGCUGUCCGAUUCCGCCUGUAUGCUGCCCGUAAGAUGACCCGAGAGAGGAUGAUGGGAGAGAAGCUGUUUCGUCUCAGCCACUUGCACCCAGAAGGGGAAAUGAAAGUAACUCUGGUUCUGGAGCCAAGAAGUAAUAUAAGUAGUGGAGAGUCUCCGCUCAGCCCAUCUGUGGUGUCUCACAGUGACAGUGCUUCAUCCACACAGUCACUGUCUCAUGGAGGGGUGCCAGAGCUGUUGGUGGGACUGUCCUACAAUGCCACAACAGGGCGAUUAUCUGUGGAAAUGGUCAAAGGCAGCCAUUUCCGCAACCUCGCUGCUAACCGAGCUCCUGAUACAUAUGGAAAACUCUUCCUCCUCAACUGUGUGGGUCAAGAGAUGUCCCGGUGCAAGACAUCCAUUCGGCGUGGUCAACCCAAUCCUGUCUAUAAAGAGACCUUUGUCUUCCAGGUGGCCCUCUUCCAGCUCUCUGAUGUUACCCUGAUGAUUUCCAUUUAUAGUAGGCGCACCAUGAAGCGUAAAGAGAUGAUUGGCUGGAUCGCUCUGGGCCAGAACAGCAGUGGGGAAGAGGAACAGGAGCACUGGGAGGAAAUGAAGGAAAGCAAAGGCCAGCAGAUAUGCAGGUGGCAUACAUUGCUGGAAUCCUAGGCUUACCAAGAGGCAUUUGUGUGCUAUAUCAGCCUUGAGUAUCUGACACCAAGUCAGAGCAUUAUGUGUGUGUGUGUGAGGGGGGGUUCAAAUUGAGAAUUUUAAUAAUUUUAGGGCAUUCUGUGGUUUAGAACAUUAUCAAAGGUUUGGUUUUCAUUUAAAUGUUGUAAGGAACGAAAAGCUACAUGCACAGCCAACUGCACAGUUUGGGAACUGGUACUCUAGUUGAGACCACUAGUGAUGUCAUUAUUUGUGCUAAUGGAUGACUGUGUUUGGGUUCACACUAUGGGAUGUAGUUUUUCUGCCUUUCUCUUUUUGCUGGGAGAAUACACUGAGAUUUCAAAGGAGCUGUGACAUUACUGUUUUUCAUCACUGGGGUGUAUGAAUCAGACUCUUCCCAGGGUUCAAAAUUCCAAACUAGAGAAAUAAAUCAGACGCUAAGGGUUAUAGAAAGAUGUAAUCAAUCCACAAUCCUCUGCCCAACCUACUCUGUUUAUGAAAAAAGCCCUGUUUAUUUAAAACGUAAUUGUUAUAAAUUUGUGGUGUAAAAUAAAUUUGUAUUCAUGAAAUGCCUCUUUUUUCUCAUUUAGAUCUCACGAUUUCUAAAAGAAUUGGGUUAGACAAAUCAUCUUGAAGUUGUAAGAGUUAAAAACUGACUGUUAUCUGACCUCUUUUUGAAUAUGUAAAAUUUCAAAAAUCAAGGUUUUUGUGCUUUAGUUUUUACCAAAUCAGUACCUAAACAAAAGAGAAAAACCAAGGAGAUAAUAAAGUCUUAGCUUUCUUGAUGUUUUCAAAUCUGGUAUUCAUUUGGAUUAUACCUUUUCUAUAGUCAAUUAUAUUAACUCACCCGUGUUUUUGUAUGUACUCCUGCAUGUCAGCCACAUUCAUCUUUAUGCUAUGUACCUUGCCAGUAAAAUGCAUACAGUGGAUCUUAAUAAAUACUGAUUUCAUUGACUUGUGGGAAUGAACAUGUGAAUUCCUCUGAGUGAAAAAAUAACGUCAUUUUGUAUUCUUAGAGCAUUUAAAAUACCCAGCACUGCUAUUUCCCACAUGUAACAAUAUGUAUUAGUGACUCCUUGUUUUCUGGCCACGUGCUGGUCAGUUGCCGACCUUGUAUGGUUCUGGUCAUAUCCUU